AUGACUAAUGCUUUAAGGCAAAAGAGAAGCAAGCAAAGCGAUGCUAACAAGGAUACCAUAAGAACGAAUGUUACGAAGGAUAGAAAUGGCACUUUCAUUGGAAGGUUCAUUGUCAACUGGUUGAUAAUGGACCCCACUUUAUUGAAUAUUGAUGAUGCAAAAAGUUUGAAGAACUACGAAGUUCAGAAACAUGAGCAAAUGAGGUAUAUCUAUCUAUUAGGAGGCCGACUUAGGACAGUUAGGAAGAAACCGUUACAAAUUUUGACGUUUUCUGCAAUCUUGGUUGCCGGUAUUUUAUAUUGGAUUUUCGAAGCUAAAUGGCAAUGGCACAACAUUAACCCUUCGUUAGUGAUACUAUUCACUUACUUUUGGCUCCUAUCAUUUACUUUCUUCUUAAAAUCGGCGACAUCUGAUCCCGGUAUUCUUCCUAGGAAUUUACAUAUUCCAUGUUCGAUACAUGAUUCUAAAUUGGUCGUUGCGCCCCAAGAGUACUUUAAUAGUAUAUCGCUACCAUAUUACAAUGACACUUCCCACGGGGUUUCGAUAAGAUACUGUCCAACAUGUCACAUAUGGAGACCCCCUCGUGCGAGCCAUUGCAGAGUCUGCAAUUCAUGCAUUGCAAACCAUGACCAUCAUUGCAUCUACAUAAAUAAUUGUGUGGGCCGGAGGAAUUACAAAUAUUUCUUAUGGUUCUUACUAAGCUCUGUCAUUUCUUGCAUAUUUCUAAUAGUGACAGCAUUUAUCCAUGUUUACCACUACAGAAUAUCGUCACGUUCGAAAGAAUCGACGUUUGACGAAUCAAUUGCUAAAUAUCCUGUAUCUUUUCUUCUAGUGAUAUACGGGUUCAUUGCUUUGGUUUAUCCAGUAUUAUUGUUAUCAUUCCAUAUCUACCUCACGUCAUUGAACAUUUCAACCAGGGAGUAUUUGAAUAAUGUCUUCCUAAAGGGUGAUGUCGAAUUAAUUACUGUCUACAAGACGCAUUCAAUAUUUCAUAACCUAUUUAUAAAUUGGAUCGGUACACCAGAUGCUCCUUCGCUUUUGAGACCACGAGACCGCUACGAGGAAGGAGAUUUAAGAAUGGAAAGGAUAGAGCCUUUGCUGUCGUCACCUUCUUCAUAA